GACCCAAUGCCUAAAACUACCGAAAAGGCUACAAGGACCUAAGCCUUCGACAUCGACGAACCGCGAACGCCAAGGAAGAAGGAGCGCCGACGCUGACCGCCGACCGCAGACCGCCGACUCUGACCGCCGACGCUUGGACGCCUGCCUCCCUACCCCUUCAGCCUUCUCGGAUUCUCGCCAAUCUCGGAUUUUCAGAUCUCAGUCCUGCCUUCUGGUGCAGACCGUUUUUUCGUCCGUGCAGUGGUGCGUCGUGAGGCUUCAGUCUUCAGUGCGGACUCACCGGACUGCCUCACCGCUUCAGCCUUCAGGGCUCCUGGAUUCAGUGGAGCUUAGCAAUAACAGAAUUCUUGUACAGCCAUGGAGGUGGAAGAUGAAGUGGUUGGUUCUCUGGAGAAAUCAGAGCUAUCUAGGAAGUCUAAGAAACGGAAGGAGAAGAUCAAUGAUAUUGCAGCUGGCAAUCCUAUUCAUAGUGUGAAGGAUGUGGGAGCUAAGGGACAUAAAAGCAUUGAGAAGGAAAAUUUGAAAAAAAUGAAGCGUGAUAACGAUGGUGUUGAGAAAAGGAAGAAAACUGCAAGAGAUGAUGCAGGCACAACGCUUUCUGAUGAUACUUAUGGAGUUGCCUCUAUGAAAACUGAAAAGAGGAAAAGGAAGAAAGCUGCAACAGAUGAUGCAGGGGUAGUACUUUUUGAUGAUACCAAUGGAGUUACUUUCAAGAAAACAGAAAAGAGGAAAAGAAAGAGGGGAGAUGAAAUUAGUGAAAAAAGGAUUCAAGAGAACAACAGGAAAGAUGAGCAGAAGGUAGGAACAGUGGCUGGUGAUGACUAUGAAAAGGUCAAAAAGAAGAAGAAAAAGAACAAGACUCAAAAGACGGAGGAUGAUUAUGGAUCUCAUGAAGUGUCCCAUGAUGUGGGAGUUAAGGGACAUAACAUCAUUGAGAAGGAAAAUUUGAAAAAAAUGAAGCGUGAUAAUGAUGGUGUUGAUAAAAGGAAGAAAACUGCAAGAGAUGGUGCAGGCAUUACGCUUUCUGAUGAUACUUAUGGAGUUGCCUCUAUGAAAACUGAAAAGAGGAAAAGGAAGAAAGCUGCAACAGAUGAUGCAGGGGUAGUACUUUCUGAUGAUACGAAUGGAGUUACUUUCAAGAAAACAGAAAAGAGGAAAAGAAAGAGGGGAGAUGAAAUUAGUGAAAAAAGGAUUCAAGAGAACAACAGGAAAGAUGAGCAGCAGGUAGGAACAGUGACUGGUGAUGACUAUGAAAAGGUCAAAAAGAAGAAGAAAAGGAACAAGACUCAAAAGACGGAGGAUGACUAUGGAUCUCAUGAAGUGUCCCAUGAUAAAGAUACUACACAUGAUAUUUCUGUAGAUGCUGGAGGUCACAUGCAUCAAGCUGAAACUAAGGCUUCUGAAAGUAAUAGGAAAAAUGAGGGCAGAGUGGACAAGGCCAAGAAGAAGAAGAAGAAGAACAAGAAAAAGAAGAGGGGUCAUGAUGUGGGAUCAUUAGAUGGAGAAAGAGAUAGUAAUAUUAAUGGAAAACAGGUAAACCGUAAUAGUUCUAAAGGAAAAAAACAGAAAAGUAGCAAGAAGAAUGUGACCUUUUCCAGUGAGGUGGAGGUAUUUCCUGCGUCUAAUUUUUCUGAGGGCGGGAAUGAUCAAAAUGAAGAAGUGAAGCUGGUUCGAGGUAAGCGGUUCUCUAAAGAAGAAGAUAAGAUAAUAAAAAAAGCUGUUUAUAACUAUAUUGAGAUGCAUGGUCUAGGGGAGGAAGGAUUGGAUAUGGUGUUAAACAGUAAAUCUUACCCUGAAGUAAGACACUGUUGGAAGGAUAUAGCAGCUGCCAUACCUUAUCGCCCUUUAGAAGCUGUGUAUCAUCGUACUCAAGUCCUAUUCCGGAGGCUUGAAAACCACAAAUGGAGCGAAGAAGAGAAGCAACUGGUACUAAAACAUCAGAAAUUAAAAGGGAAUCAGUGGAGAGAACUCGCUGAUGCACUCGGGUCACAUAGGUUUCAUGUGAAGGAUUUAUGGCGCAGAAUACACUUGCCUAACCUGAAGAGAGGACACUGGUCUCAGGAUGAGUACCAGAACUUGUUUGACUUAGUCAACAAAGAUCUGCAAUUGAGGAUUUCUGAAGAAAAGAAAUCUAAGCAUGGUAUGCUACGAGACAAUGUGGCUUGGACCGCUAUUAGUAAUAAGUUAUCCACACGCACUGAUUCGGUUUGCUGUGUGAAGUGGUACGGCCAGCUGUCAUCACCUAUGGUGGCUGAAGGGAUAUGGGAGGACACUGAUGAUUUUCGUAUGAUCGAUGCACUUUAUAGAAUGGAUGCGACAUGUGUGGAUAAUGUGGACUGGGAUAAUCUUCUGGAACAUAGGCCUGGAGAUAUCUGUUUGAAGCGUUGGAGGCAAAUGGUUCUUCACAUUGGUAGCUAUGCAAGCAAAUCCUUUUCAGAACAAGUUGAAGUGCUAGCUAAUAGGUACUGUCCUUCCCUAAUUGAAGCAAGAGAGAUUUGGGAUAACAAGCCUGUUGUGUCCUGAGUGUGUCAACACCUUAAUGUUAUAUACCAUGAAAAUCUUAAUGAAUAUGUUUUGCAUAAAUGGCAUUCCCACCGCUUGUUAGUUUUCCUUGACCAUGAAAGAUUCAUGUUGUGUGUCAUUUUUUUGUUGUUGAUGGUUGUACUGUUUUGUUGCUCAGUUUCUGUUUAUUUACGUUUUAAAGCACAUUCAUAGUUGGAAGUUAAAAACUCAAAAUAGCUACAGCUUAACUUGGUAAUAUUUAAUGCUAUUCUAGCUUUUCU